CAAAAACCCGUAGCUCAUGUAUGUAGUGUAUUUUAGUUAACUCUAUAUCUUCUUAUUAUUAUUUAUUUGUUUAAGAUCUUUAAGAUCGAUAAACGUUUUUUUAAUUUAAUUUAAUUUAUUUCUCUUAUUAUUAUUUUUAUUUACCAAAUUUAAAUGUAAAAUACAUAAAUAAAUAAUUGUUUAAUUAAUUGGUUUACUGAAAAACUAAGCAAAAAUCAAGUAAUUAUGGUAUGUUGAAUAAAUAAGUAAGUAAAUAAACAAACAAACGAACGAACGAACAAACAAACGAAUGAACGAACAAACAAACAUACAAACAAACGAAUAAACAAACAAACGAACAAACAUACAAACGAACAAACAAACAGAUAACAAAACUUCAAUGUUAAUGAGCUGGCAACUAGGGAACUUAAUGUUUUUCAAGUUAAUGUCAGUGACGCUGUUGUUGCUACCGCCGCUGUCAUCUGGCUUGAUGACGUCAUUGUUGACGACACACAUUUAGUAGGUCUUAGGAAUUAACCAUUUCCUCCAAACUCUGCAACAACACUGGAAAGAUGUUUGACAUAACAGAUUAUGAGGCCAAGAGCAGUUUUUCCAUCGUAGCAUCGGAUUUGCUGAACGAAUAUUCGAUCGAUUAUUCGUCGUUGAGUAGUACCGACGAUAUCGACAUUGUCGGUAAUUCGAAUAUCGUCAGUGAUGGAAACAUUUCCUGUGGCGAUCCGUUUGGUAAUUGCACAUUAAAUAGAAGCCAGACACUGGAAAUUGAAGUGGACACGCCGUGCCACAUCGCAACAUUCAUCUUCUGUUCGGUCGUCAUCAGCAUCGUCGGGAUGAUUGGACUCGUCUUGAAUUCCUUAUCGUUCUACGUUCUUAGCAAAGAUAAGAACAAUGCCGUCGCAACAUUCCUCUUGAAGUCCCUCUCAGUCGCGGACAACUGCCUAGUUCUGUCAUACAUUUUCAUCAUCGGUCUAGUGUACGGCCCGGGUCAACUGACAUACACAAGGCCCCUCGUCAGUCCAGUCUAUCCAAUCUUCAUAACCUACAUAAACCCCCUUAGCUACAUCUGCCAUCUUACGAGCGUUUGGAUUACCGUUCUGCUGGCCGUCAACAGAUUUCUCGUCGUCUGUCGGCCGUUCACUAGCGACAAGUUUUUGACGUUGAACGUUGCUAGGUUGCAGGUGGCGUUUGUCGUGUUCAUAUCAAUAGCAUUCAACUUACCAAGAUUCUUCAUCUAUGAGAUAGUCUGGCUACCAAGCAAAGAGAACAAGAACGUCACAGUGAUGAGCACCAAUCUGACGAGCUUCGGGAGAGAUGAAUUUUUCGCCUACUACUAUCUGGACAUCUUUUACACCAUAGUCCUUCUCAUCAUGCCGUUUGUCUUCCUCGUCCUCUUCAACUCUAUUAUCAUCUUCACCAUCAGCAAGUCUCAACAACGGAUGCGUCGUCGUAACUCGGUCUGUAGUCGAGGCGAUCAACAAGACCGAAACCUGACCAUCGUCAUGAUCGUCAUCUGCAUCGAGUUCUUAGUCUGCAAUUUGACGGAUAGGAUACUCAUAUCCAUCAGAAUCCACCAGAAUAUAGACUCUGUCGUCUGUCCUGAAACACUACUCUACGUCACCCACUUCAGUAAUUUCCUCGUUUUGUUCAACAGUUGCACAGACUUCAUCAUCUACGUUAUUUUCAAGAGAAGGUUUCGGCGAUUACUUUUAAAGUCAUGUUGCGACACUAAUUAUUCGGACGAAUGUUUGACGCCGCUACGUCAGCCGAGCUUCUAUAGCGACUGCGAGACACCGACUCGAAAGCAGUCGAACUCGCAGCCGAACGGGAAAGCCCACAGGUUCAGCUACACGCCGACUACGAUGGUUGCCCGCCGAGCUGAGCGUUUGUUAGCUGAUAAAAAAAAUGGAGAGCUGAAAGAAGAAGACAACAACAGUCCUGAAGUUAAACCGGGAAGAAGUAUCAGUUUGAGUACUUGA